AUGUCCGCCGUCGCGCGGCCGACGGUCUUCGUCGUCCUCGCAAGUUUCCUCGUCCAUCGAGCUACAGCAAACAACGACGACGACGACGACGAGUCCAUGUCGAGAUCGAGGCGCCGCCGCCGCCGGUCUACGAGGAGCCGCCGCCUCCGGUCUACGAGGAGCCGCCACCUCCAUCGUACGACACAGCGUAGAAGUAAAGCCGUGGUCGCGUCGAUGGCGUGGGGGCUGACGCGGUCGCGCACUCGAACUUAGAUUUCCGCACAGAUACGACGACCGCUGGCGCUACGGCGAGAGCUUCGACGCCUACGACCGGCGGCGACCCGAGCCCGCUCCGUUCCGCCCGCGGCGGACGCCGUCGCCUGCCGUCGUCGUCAAGGAGCCGCCGACGCCGGUGCCGGAGGACCCGCUCCCGACGAGCCCCUACGCGCGCGCCGCCGCGUCUACUGCGGCCGCGCGGCGCAAGCUCGCGGCGACGCCCCGGCGCGAGGACUACGACGAGCUCCACGCGGAGCGCGAGGCCUUCGAGCGCCACGUCCGCAGCCUGAUGGCGAAGAAGGCGAGGAAGGACGCGGCUAGAGCCGCCGUCGCGCUCGCCGCGCACGAGCGGACCGUCGAGCGGGCGUCGCGGCGGAAAGCCGAGAUCGACGCCCGGCGCGGGCUCGCGGCGCGGACGGCCGAGCGGCGCCAGCGGCGGAGCGCCUCGACGUCGCCGGCGCCGGACCUCGGGGCGCGGACGGCGGGACGGCGUCGUGCCGCCUCGAUGUCGCCGGUGCGCCCGCGCGCGCGCGCGGCCCCGGACGAUCUCGCCGCGCGGGCCGCGGAGCGGAGGCGUCGGGCUGGGCGUUGA